CUGGCUCAACCGAAGGCGACGGGUUGACGAAGCCUGGCUGCAGAGGCGGGAGAGCAGAGUUCAGACCCCCACUUUGCUGGGAGCGGAAAAGGUUUAACACCUGCAAAACCUGUGCUUCCCGCCUCCGUAGUGCCUUUUAAGUUAAACUGAGUGGAGGGACCUUCCCCUUCAAACCGCAGAAGCAAAGGUAGCUUAAAGAUGGAUGCUGCCAAAGAAGUUCAGCCCACAGGAGAGUUCACAUGUCAGCUAUGUGGCUUAACAGCUCCAUACACGUACUAUGGGCAGAAGCCACCAAACACACACUCUAUUGUGCUUUUGGAAGAAAGCUAUGUCAUGAAGGAUCCUUUCACCCCUGACAAGGACAAAUUCCUCAUCCUUGGGUCUCAUUGCAGUUUGUGUAGAAGAUCAGUAUGCGUUGGUACAGAAUGUAGUCUGUUCUACUCCAAAAGGUUCUGCCUCCCCUGUGUGAAUGAAAACCUAAAGGCCUUUCCUUUGGAAAUACAAGAAGAUAUGGAUAAAAGGAAGCCCCAACAAAAAUCCUUCCCCUGUAAAAAAAAGGAUUCAAGAACAUAAAUACUUGAAGGACCAAGAGAGACAGUUCUUUGGCUGGGGUUUCUCCUCUCUCCUUUUGGAGACUAUCAUGUUGCUCCUUUUAAAGACGUGACCUUCAUCAGCUCACUACUACAGAACACAGUAGCACAUUUCCUUACAAUUGGCUUGGCUUCAAACAUCAUCAUGCAGUGAUUGCAGGGCCAGCAGUAUGGCCUUAAGGUGUUGAAGAGCCAGAAAGGCAGGCAGACAAAUCUCUUGUCACCAUGUAAAACACAUGUAGUAAAAAACUAAACAGCGUAUAGCAUAGGAACCAUGUCCAAAUUUUCACAUUUGUUAUUUUAAUGUUUUGUGUUGUUCUUGACACUCCUACAGUGUUAUGAAAAUCCAAGACAGAUUUAUCUGGCUUAAUUUAGUAUACAUCCAAGAAAGCCAGUAUACACCAAUUGUUAACCUGACAGUGCUGUCCUGAUAAAGAUUACAGUAGGCAAGGAAUUCAAAGCUUUAUUUUUAAGUCUAAAAUAAGAAUGUUAUGAGAAAAUGUCACAGAUAGCCAUAGAAAUAUCUAGAUUCUUCAAGGUGAUAAUCUCAAUACUAUCACAGCAUUAAGACUUCUGAAGGUAGGUGUUCUUAUAGUAAAAUACCAAUAUAAUAAAAAACAAAACAAAAUGCUUACCAGUCACUCGCACUUGCAGUCACUUUCCACUCAAUCUUCCAGCCCAUGUCAAUACAGCAACAGGAGAGGACCCUUAAUAUAUAUAGUUUAUGCUUUAAGAGUAAAGAUUAUUUCCGUUUCACUUUCACAUCAGUUAAUCUGGAAAUAGAAAAGUUCAGUUAAUAAGCUCAAUUCUUUGCAGAACUGGGCAGUUAAACUGUAGCUAGAAUAGGGAUUUCAGAAACAUAGUUUCAGUCAAAAAAGGGUAAAAAAUUGUUAGAGAAAGAGCAGUUUGUUUAGCUCAAAAAUUAGCUUCACAAUUAUCUGUGUUGACUUUGUCUUAAUUACAAGGAAGAUUUAGGUGGCAUUUGUGUAAAACCACUUAGUCACACACCUUAAGGAUAUGUCUAGAAUGAUCCCUAAUCACCAAAUCAUGUUAUUUACUCAAGCUUUUGUUGGUCGUUGGUUCAGAACCUGUUAAUGCCUUGAUUAACAUCUCCUCUUUUCUCAACUCUUCCAUCCAUAUAAUUUGUCAUAUGUCAACAUCUAAACUUGAUCAUUUUAAUAGAAUGAACCAUGUGUCUGUUAAAAGAAAUCAACAUUAUUUCAAUGAGUUAUAUUUAUUUCUUUAAGACAUUUGAGUGUCCUAAAAUUGAUCUUUUUUUUUUUUUUUUCCUGAACAUAGUAUACUGGUGUCCUCUGUUGAGGACUGGAAUUUCUUGCAGUUACUAGAGGAGCAAUAAUGGACCCAUUAGUAUCCUUUUCAAGCUCUAGGUGCUUUACAACAUAAAAUACAUAUACAUCUUUAAUUGUGGGGAAAAAAGAUAUGUGUUAGAAGUCAACAUUUCAGAUUCCUUUUUGCAGUAAGGAGACUAUGCUUUGAAAGAAUGUGAUAUUAAACUUAUUUAAAAUGGGUGGUAUUAAAUUUCAGUUUCAUGUUAGACACACCAACUUUAAAAGCUCUAGUGUAUCUAUCUAUCUGCUCUGUACAAACAACAGAGGCAUAUCCUGUGCUAAAACCACAACUGUAAAGAAAAUGAGAGAUGCUAGAAAGAGAAUCACAGCACUUUUCCAUCUUAAAAUUGUAGUCUUAUAAUCAAGCUGAGAAAAAGCAACAUAGUUAUGUGAGAUCACAUAUUAUGUUUAUACCAGUAAAUGUCUUUCUAAAAACAUUUUAUUUCCUGUAUUUCACAAUGUUUGCAACAGAUUUUAAAAGCCUGGCUAGCGCAGUGCCCAUCUAAAUGAGAAUGUGCUUUUCAGUUUUAUGAUAGGCAAGUCUGUCUUGGGACUGGGAGAUGCACCCACUAACAUGCUGGGAAGGAUGUAGUGUCUCUGAGCUGUUUUCCCUCCUGUUCGACCUCCUCUGUGCCCUUUAAGAAAAAUGCAGUUAACUAACUCAUUUAUUCAUAAUCAUUAUCUUUGCCAACAUGCCAUGAUAGAAGAAUCAUUUAAAGCCCUCAGAAAUGACCCUACUUUUAAGUACUUCUUAAGCUGAGCCAGAGGGGGAGUAGACUCAGUAUUAAAAGGGAGCAGGAUUUGUAACUACAGAAUUUUUAAUCUGGCCCAGUACAGCUCAUUUAUUUAUCUUGAGUACAACAGAAAAAGCCAAGUUAAGAAUACUCUGCUUCACAGUUACCUGGUUGUGCACACCUUGCAGGUGAAGAAAAGCAUACUUCCAGCAAGUACCACAAAGUGGUUUAGUAGCCCAGGGCCAUUGGAUGUGUUCCGUCAUCUCUGGUCCACGCUUUAGAGAAAGGAGGCUGACCUCUGUGCGAUUUGGUAUUUCCUGGAAUGACGAAGGAUUAUUACCUGUGCCCAGCUGUUAAAACUUACGUAUUCCAUAUUCUCAUAUUCCCACUGAACAUAAGCAUUAUGGUCUCUGUACCACAAUGUUUUGGUAUAUAUAUGUUUCACAGACCAAAUGCCAUCAUGCCCAAACCUACCAGCCAUCAGGCCUACCCUUCAAGAUAUGCACAGGCUUUACAGCUUGGCUUCAUCAGGUGCUCCGAUUGCUUUCUGCUGCUCAAAAACAGGCCUUUGGUGCUCCCGAGCACAGCUGAUGCAAAAAUGCGAUUCUUUAUCCUCUGCUGUAAUUUUCACUUCAGCACUCUUUUACCAGCUUAAUAAAUCCCCGGAUUCUUGAAACAAAACAAUUAUCGGUGACAUACCCUCCCAACCAAUUUAAUUGCAGCCACGCUCAUUGAAUGAGUUAGUAUGCUACACUUCACGUAGAAGUGCAUUCAAUGUUUGUUGAAUUCAACACAUGUCUCAAGCUGGUCGUACAGUCAGUGAGAAUGGAAGGACACAGCAGGAUGGUGGGUCAGCAGACAAACUGAUGAAAUAUAUAUAUAAAAAUAGAUAUUAUAUAUGCAAUGUAUAUAUGUACGUUACACAUUCCUAAUUUAGACGGUGCGUCUAACAGUAAAUCUAUAAGCAUCAUCACUUUAAAGAUGCUUCAUAUAUCAUUCCACCUUCAAAAUGUCCUUGCAAGACACACAUCCUAUUAUGCAGUAAAUGUAAUACAAUUUGUUAACAGAUUAUUUGAUGCUAACCCCCAGAAAAUCUGGGCACCAAUCCCACCAAAGGUUGCUUGUCCACUCUUGUUCACUACUAAAAAUCAGCAUGAGUACUCCCUGGUAUAAAGUUAAGCAGCUAAGUGUUUUCUGGAGCAGGGCUUUGUAUACCAAAUUAAGGCAAAUCAGGUUAAGGCAAAAUCAUUCAAGUUCUUAAUUACAGUAGAGCAGCACAAAACACACAUUCAUGGCACCGGUACUAUCGCGGAAGGAGCAAUGGGUGUCCCCAUUCCCAGGUGCGCCACCACCCUGCACCCCCCAGGUCCUGGUUCUGCAAACAUUUAUACAAGCUAUCAGUUGAGAUCAUUAAGUGGUUGUACAAGAGCGCAGAACAGAACUACUUUCAUGUACAUAAAAGUUACUCGUGCGUGCGUGGUCAUUGAAUGAGGGACUCGGUUAAGACUUGGCAGCUGCUUUGGAUAACGUACAAGAGGCAGCCAGCAGAGGGUAACAAGUAUGUUUGUCUCAAAACCGUGACAUUACAGUGAAUUACCUUCCUGGAAAUAAAAGAUCAGCAGAAGUCAUUAAAUUCACUUUUAAAAAUACUUUAUUUUUUUAAAACCAUUAAGGCAAACCCAUAUUUCAAAUUAACUGUGUUUACAUUCAGUCUUAAAGGAUUACUUUUUUUUUUUUAAAGCACAUAGGUUCCUACCAGUCUCUAUACAAACACUAUGAAUUCAACCUCUGAUUUUUAAAGGAGACGGAAAAAAAAUCAGAAUGUAAAAAAGAAGAAAAAUGUUUAGUUCAAGUUUUUUCAUCCUAGAUCAGUAGGCUGGUAAUGUGAGAACGCAUCGUUAUGUUUGGCUAUAUGUAAUUUUUACAUUCACAAGUGCAAGAGACUUUGUCUUUCCUAUAAAUCCCUGUGAGACCAGGGCUUCCGUUCUUCCUUGAAAAUGUCAUUUGCAUUGUUCUGACAGAAAGAAACUUGGGAACUUGGCUUGAAUUAGUGGUAUUUUGCUGGGAAACAAGCAUUCCAUGAGAAUUAGGUUUGACUACUCUCUGCAAGAAAUGUUUGCUCUUUGUAAGUUCUGUAUUUACUGUAAUAAAACAUACCCAAAACCUCCUAAAAACAUAGGUGACUGGAAAUAAUGAUCUGGGUUUUUUUUUCCUCCUUAAUAUUGCUAUCUUGAUUUAAUUAAACACUUGUUAGCUCUAGUGAUUAGGGUUUGGCAAUGUUAACAAAAAUGUGCUUUUUUGUUUCAUAUCAGAUAACAGUUUAAGAUGUGACAAAGGGUUUUAACAUCAUGAUGUAAUUAAACUGUUGUGUUACAUUCCUAAAGAAAAUUCAGCGCAAUUGUUUGUAAAAGCUGUGAAAUAGCAGGAACAAUAUGAAAUGCAGCUCAUCCGAGAAGCUGAUAAAACAGACUUUGUCAAACAGUUAA